UUAUUUCCCAAAAUUAAAAAAAAAAACUGGUUCUCUUAUAAUUUAUUCCCUAAUCUCCCUCGUGUUCGAUGCAAAACUGAACAACCAGCGAGCCCGCCCGGUGGUCUCGAUUUCUGCGAUCAGUUUUUUUGAUCUGGUCGAGGGAAGAAAUAUUUUUUGUUGCAUUGUGGGGGGGAGAGAGAGAGAGAGAGAGAGAGAGAGAGAGAAAGGUGGAUAUGGUGGGAUGAAGUGGAAAAGAAAGGGGAGGUGGAGAUGGCGAGGAAAGUGAAAUUGGUAUGCUCGUUCUCGUACAAGAGAACCACUCUUAUAGUUUGCUCCAUCAACAUUUUUGUUGCUCUUUACGUUCUUCGCUCUCUCUACGGCUCACUUUAUAUUUACUCCCAUGAUGAUUUAAAUAAUGUUGUAAAUUAUACACCGGAUCAGAUUAGUAUGAUGGAAGAAUCAAUUCAGAUACGAAGAGCCAAACAGCCUCUACAGCUUGUUAAAAUGGUUAAGAAACUUUACAAGGAGCUUAAGAGAGAUGAAGAGGUGGUUGAAUUGCCUAGGGAUGUCAGACAGAAGAUAGCUGAUGAGAUUUUGCAGCGGUUGAGAAGCUUGAAAGCGAACGCCAACAUCACUGAGCAGCGAGAAGCUAUUGAAAGCUGGCGCAAAGAAAAGCUGCACGAAGUCAAACAGUUGAUUCAUGGAACAGGAGGACUAAAUUCAACUAUUCUGCAGGAAGAAGCCAGGAUGCUAGUAAGAGCCUUGGACUCUGAUUUUGCUGUGCUGUCGGAAAACAUUGGCCUUUGGAUACCUGUUGAAAUCAUUAGCCAGGAGCAUGAUGAUAAGCCAGAGGGUGAAGAAGAUACUGAGGAAGAAAUUUUGCCUGGCAGGCCACUUCCACCUGAAUGCCAUGCUGAGCUUCAUACUGAUUAUGAUGGUGCAGCUGUAAGAUGGGGUCUUACACACCAUAAAGAAAGUGCAGCUGACUGCUGUCAAGCUUGCUUAGAUCAGGCAAAACGUGCAAAGCCAGGUAGAAAGAAAUGCAAUAUAUGGGUCUAUUGCCCUUCGGAGAUGGGAUGCCAUUCACCUGACAUCUAUAAACAUAAAAAUCAGGAAUGCUGGCUGAAAUAUGCUGAAAAACCAAGAUUGAAUUUUAAGGACAGGUAUCCCGAAUCAUAUAGAAACUCCCACCCAAAGGCACCAUUGAUUGUUCCCUGGGUCUCAGGUGUUGUUAAUGCAUGAUUGGAUUUUACCAACCCAAGUUGUGCUCAGUGUUAAAAGUAACUUGAGCUGCAAUCUCUACCUCUGGAAGUUUUGCAAAGAUAUCAUGCGGGCUCUGAUGAUAACUUAAUUACUCAUUGCUUACAUCUGGAACUGGUGGAUUUUGACUUAAUUCAUCUUUUCUUUUCCUUUAUUACUUUUGGCUUAUCAGAGUCGAUUUUUGUAACAUGCGUCGUGGCAGUCUUGGCACUGUUGAUUCUAAAGUUGGGAAAUUUAGUGGCCAUGUGAAUUGAUCUCUCUUCACUUGCCAAGAAGAACUUUCAUUAUGGAUUAGACUGAGAAGACUGAUUGGCCAUAGGAAGGAAGAGAAAAUUGAUUUGUUGCAGUGGAUUGCAAAUUGGUAAGCAAUCGUGAACUGCCUAUUGCAAUUGCAAAUUGCCAAAUUCAUUCUGUUGCUGGAAAUGGUUUGCCCACGCUCUCUUUGGUUUACAGGAAUUUUUAUUUUUUAGGUUAAUAAGCUCAUUAAAUUAAAGGAGAACAGAGAAAAUACUCAACUUUUAUUAAUAUAGUCUUAAAAAUCAUCAAAUACCCAAUUGUGAAUAAUUAAUUAGGUCGUACAAUUCAAUUGGCCAUAUUUCUUUUUAAAGUUAUAGAAAAAUGCAAGGAUGAUUUUCUUUUAAUAUAUAUAUAUACACACGUUUUUAAAAAUCAAUAGUUCAGUUCUAUAUUUUAAUUUAUUAAAUUUAAAAAAUAAAAAAUAAAUAGAAUAGAAUAAAAUUAAAAUACAAAAAUUAAACAGGGCAGACUUGAUAAUUUGCAUUUAAGAUUAUUGUUGACAUUUAUUAGACAAUUAAAGAAAAAUUAAAUGGAAGAAAACCCUUUAAUUUGAUAAGAGAGUAAAAAAAUUAACAUCUCAUCAGGAAAAAAAAAGCAAUGGGGUGAACAUGAUAAUGGACAACGUGACAUGGUAUGGGAGGACGAAGUUAUCACCGGUUGCUAACUUUAUUUGUUUGUUAUAAUUUUCCUCGCUGCAGUUUCAUUGCAGUUUUAAAAAAGUUGCCCAAUCCAAAGAAAACUGAGGACACUAAUUCAUGGUUCUCAUAUCCCAAAUCAUGGGCUAUUUCUCUUCUGAUGGGCCUAACACCAUUCCGGUUUUCCACUCUCUUACGCCACGGGUGCAUCCGAAUCCGAGAAAAUGAACUGUUGCCAGCCGUUGACAGUCAGAGGGCCGCUGUUCUUAGAGGAAACGACAUGCCGUCUUUAAUGGAUGAAUUUAACAUUUACACGGCGGUAAGAGUCAAAUCAACGACUCUUCGGAGAGAAUUAUUACGCUAGUAUUCUACCCAAAGUGGGACUGAAAUCCGAGAAAGCUUAUAGCUUGAUCAAUUUCUCAGCUGUAAACCUUCCUUGGGCAACUUGGAAAGAUUCACGGGAAAUCACUGAGCUAGCUGUAAAGAUUUCUACUUGCAAAAAGCCUCGGCUGCGAAAUCAAGAAGCACAUUUUGAGGUGAGGGUUUCAGCCAUUAUUUUCCGACUCACUGUUCGUGUAUGUGAAUAAUGAAAAGGAAAAAAAAACCAAGUUUGUAUCCGUCAUAUGAUGCUCAGUUGUGUCCCCAAUUGGCCUCGAUCAAAUGCUAAUUUUCAGCUUUGCUGGCAUUUGAUUCUCGCUAUUUUACUUUGUCGGGAGUAAAUAUGUUUCUUCUAAGGUUUUUUUUGUUUUGAUCAGUAAUUUGUAUACUGUACUUGGACAAUGGAUUUGGCAGGAUUGAAACUGCGCAGUCAUUAUUAAGCAUUUGGUUAAGGGUUAUGCUUUUUUUCUUUUUUACCACACUAGCAAUCCGUAGCGAGUGAGGAAGAUGGGCUCGGAGGAAGGGAACUCUUCUUGGAGCGUCUUUGAUGGAAUUCAAACUGUCCCAUCAACUCCAGAAGCUCUCAUGGCAGAGAUUGACACAGCUAUUAAAAAAUUGGAAUAUGCUCGUACAACUACACGCCUUGAUCCUCCAUCUCCUUCCCACUUAAAGACCAAGAGCUCCAGUGGUGGUACACCUCCUCAAUAUGAUGCCCGAAUGGCGGACGAGGCUUAUAGGGCAGGGUGUGCAGCAUUAGCUGCAGGGAAACUUGAUGAUGCUCUUCAGUCCUUGAGCAUUUCUCUUUCGAAAUGUCCUCCUGAUAAGACCUCUGCUGUUGCAAAGCUUCAGUCUCUCAUUUCUUUAACAUCACAGCAACUGCAGAGAUUGCCCAGUUGACUUAAUAGGAAGUGCUAAAAGGGGAAGUGGGUGUGCAGCAUUCUUCUUCAAAAGCUGAUAAUAGUCAAUGUUGGUGCGGUACGUGACAUGGUUUCCUCGCUUGCUUCUCAGUGGUUUCAGCAUCUCGAUCAGACAUUAAAUUAUUUGAGAUAUCCUCUCAAUCUGAAAAUCGAUAUAUGGAUUCAUUAUGAUGUGUAAAGUUAUAGCACUGUAAUGAUAAUUGUGAAAACAACAGCAACCAUUAAGCUUUAAUUCUAAACUAGUUGGGUCAGAUAUAUGAAUUAUUUUUCUUUUGAA